AACCCUAGGAUCGAAAAUCAGCGUUCUCAUCUUCUUCAUCCGCAUUCAUUCAUUCAUUUCAUCCACUACUCCAGUCCUUCCUUCAGAUCGCGCCGGUGAACGGCGAGCUGAGCUCGAUGGCGCUUGGUUGGAUCUGUCAAAUUCAGGCGUUGCUUGACUUUUAUCGCCAUCACCUGAUUUGAUCCCCCGUUUCUAGGGAAUUUUGAGUGCAAUGGCUAGAGGGGCAAUCCACCAGUUGUUGAGGAGGAAACUUGGGUCUCAAUCGACUGCCCCUCCAUCUUUGUCUUCCCUCAUCAGUAAGAGGGAUGGUGUUGACUCUGCUGGCGCAAAGUCUCUUAGAGCACUUGCCCUACUUGGAGUAGGAGUUUCAGGGUUUCUAGGUUUUGCAACGGUAGCCUCUGCUGAUGAGGCUGAACAUGGAUUAGAAUGUCCAAACUAUCCCUGGCCUCACGAGGGAAUUCUGAGUUCAUAUGAUCAUGCAUCGAUUCGUCGUGGUCAUCAGGUUUACCAACAAGUUUGUGCAUCUUGCCAUUCCAUGUCUUUGAUAUCAUACCGUGAUUUGGUGGGUGUUGCAUACACAGAAGAGGAGACAAAGGCUAUGGCAGCUGAAAUUGAGGUUGUUGAUGGACCCAAUGAUGAGGGUGAGAUGUUCACUCGCCCUGGUAAAUUGAGUGACCGAUUUCCUCAGCCAUAUGCAAAUGAGCAAGCAGCUAGGUUUGCUAACGGAGGAGCCUAUCCUCCAGAUCUCAGUCUCAUUACAAAAGCUCGUCACAAUGGUCAGAACUAUGUAUUUGCUCUAUUAACUGGUUAUCGUGAUCCCCCUGCUGGUGUUUCGAUCCGUGAGGGGUUGCAGUACAAUCCUUAUUUCCCUGGUGGAGCAAUUGCGAUGCCAAAGAUGCUUAAUGAUGGAGCUAUGGAGUAUGAAGAUGGUACUCCUGCCACAGAGGCUCAGAUGGGGAAAGAUGUUGUGACGUUCCUAGCAUGGGCCGCUGAACCAGAAAUGGAAGAAAGGAAACUGAUGGGAUUCAAAUGGAUAUUUGUUCUCUCACUGGCUCUACUGCAAGCUGCUUAUUACCGGCGCUUGAAGUGGAGCCCUCUGAAGUCCCGCAAACUGGUUCUCGACGUCAUCAACUAGUUUCCAUUUAGUUUCUUUUAAUCUUGUGCUUGUGCGAGGAUCUAAAUUGGAAAUAAUUUUUUGAAUUUGGUGGUCACUGUGUUUUCUGCCCGUGUUGAAUGCGUUAAUGCGUUAACAAGUCGCAUCAGUAAUUAGUAGUGGAGUGACCUGAGAAAUGUUACUUUUCAGAAGACUGAAUAAGCUUACACCAUACAGAUGGUGCUACAUUUUUUCCUUGAACAUAAAUUUUGGUUAAAAGUUUUUCUUUCAAGUGCCAAGUAGUGAUUGGAAUGUCUGUCUUCAACUUUCAUUUAUGUUGAUGCAAUUUCAAAGCAACGGUUAAAUGCCCCUAAAUGGUAUGAGACAGUAAUGUACUCCCCCCUUUUCUUUU